CACCACCAAAACUCGGACACCCAUAGAGUACUAAGCACCAAAAAAAAGGUUCCCUUUGGACACCGCUAGACUCGGUCCAGGUCCAGGUCCAGGUCCUCUGUUUAAAUCAAUGGCACCGGAUUGCGCCAUGUAGCUUACAUCUUCCAUGCUGGGCAAUCUUUGCUCAGCUACAACCAAGUUGCUUGAUAUAUAUAUCUCACUCAAAAAUUUACUCGAAACAAUCUUACAUUGACUGGUCAGCGAUCGCAGUGACCCGGGAUAAGGUACGCGAUGAACGGCGUAAACGGCACAUGCCCGGCGGCCCACGACCAGCCGAAGAAAGUUUGGACGACACUCAUUACCAACACCAAAUACCUCUCUGGACUUCUCACGCUUGACUACUCUUUGAAGAAGUCUGGUUCGAAAUAUCCUCUCAUUGCGCUAUACACUGAUACAUUUCCAGCCGAGGGACUCGAAGCCCUAAAUCAACGCAACAUCCCCGCGAAACAUAUUCCCUAUCUUCUGCCGUCGGUGCCCAAAGAAUAUGCAAACGAUCCACGCUUCUACGACUGUUGGAGUAAGCUCACUCCGUUCAGUCUCGUCGAGUAUGAAAGAGUCGUACAAUUGGACAGUGAUAUGAUGGUGCUCAGGAACAUGGACGAGCUGAUGGACCUGGAACUGGAUCCUCCGCAGAUGGAAGGAGAAGGGAAGAGAGUAUACGCUGCCAGCCACGCUUGCGCAUGCAAUCCUCUGAAAAAGCCACACUAUCCCCAGCACUGGGUCCCGGCCAACUGUGGUUUCACUUCCCAGCACGGCACCCCAGACGAUGCGCAGGUGAAUGGACCACCCCCUACUGCUGGCAUAGGAUGCCCCAAUGGAGGACUGGUCGUCUGCAAUCCCAGCCAGGGUGUCUAUGACAAGAUUCUUGAUGCCAUGAAGAACGGAGAUCUCACCAGCUCGUACGAUUUUGCAGACCAGAGCUUGCUGGGAGACCGUUUCUACGGCAGAUGGGUGGGACUACCCUACACCUACAAUGCAUUGAAAACAUUGCGGUGGCCAGGCGUUCAUGACGCCAUAUGGCGGGACGACCAGGUCAAGAACAUACACUACAUUCUCAGUCCCAAGCCCUGGGAUGAGACGCCUGAGGAGACCGAGGACGAGACGCAUCGCUGGUGGCAGAAGACCAAUAACGAGAGACUGCGGGCUGAGAAGGCGAGUGACAUUGAGGACGGCUUCUGAUGACUUUUCAAUCACGGCAUAUAGCCGGCAGUGAGAGCCGGCAAGAGCAAUCUAUAUAUUUGGCAUCGGAAUGGCAUCGGACAUAGAAGGAUAUCAAUAUAGAGGCAUUUUCUUGAAUAUCCACGCUAUAUAAUUUCUUCGUCUCAAG